AAUUUGACUUGAAAAAGCUCUCAACUAUGGCCACCCUCAUUGCUCCUGCAAACCCCUCUCCAGUUGAAGAUGCAGAGGCUAUCAGAAAGGCUGUUCAUGGAUGGGGGACUGAUGAGAAGAAAAUAAUUUCGAUUAUCGGUCAUAGAAAUGCAGUUCAGAGGAAGCUAAUCAGGCAAACCUAUGAGGAGAUUUAUCAAGAAAAUUUAAUCAAGCGCUUCGAAUCAGAGCUCCAUGGGAACUUUGAGAAAGCAAUGUUCCGAUGGAUUUUGGAUCCGUUAGACCGAGAUGCUGUGUUAGCUAAUGUGGCCUUGAAGCAGUCAAACCCCGAUUACCAUGUGAUCGUUGAACUUUCAUGCAUCUACUCUCCUGAGGAGCUAUUAGCUGUUAAACGAGCCUACCAGGCUCGUUACCAACACUGCCUGGAGGAAGACCUGGCCUCUCACAUCUCUGGUGAUCUCCGCAAGUUUCUGGUUGCCUUAGUGGGAGUAUAUAGGUAUGAUGGUGCCGAGAUAGAUACAAGAUUAUCAAAAACAGAGGCUGAUGUUCUUCACAAUGCUGUUAAGGACAAGAAUCAUGAGGAGAUUACUAGAAUUGUGGGUACAAGGAGCAAGGCUCAGCUCAUCGCAACUUUCAACUUCUACAAAGACAAAUAUGGCGCUUCCAUCACCAAGCAUUUGGUGAAUGACCCUGCUGAUCACUACUUAGCUGCAGUAUGCACAGCCAUCAGAUGCAUCAACGACCCGAAAAAGUACUAUGAAGAGUUACUGCAAAAUGCGCUGCAUAACCACAAGGUAGACGAGGACGUGCUUACUCGGGUGAUUGUUACGAGAGCUGAGAAGGACUUGAAGGACAUCAUGGAGCUUUACUACAGGAGAUACAGUGUAACCCUUGAUCAUGAAGUUGCCAAGGAAACUUCUGGAGAUUACAAGGCCUUCCUUCUUACUUUAAUGGGGAAGCAUGAUUAGUUCUGAGCAUUUCAGUUUCUGAACUAGCAUGGGUGAUUUUUGGUUGUGUUUCUUAUGCUGGAAAACCUUGUCUGUCUUCUUGUACUGAAUUGAAUUGCUAUGUUGUUGUGAUGUCGUUUCUAAUAAUAUUUCAGUUUGUUUCAUUA